UGGGAGUUGAUGGGUGUGAAACAAUGGCUAUGAGGUUUCUCACUUUUAAAGAGAUAAUAUGAAAAUAUUAACAAAAAAGAUUUAAAAAAGUAUUCUCAUAUAAAAAAGGGCCAUUACCCAGGCCAUAUAUGUUUAAUGAUAUAAAGUUCUCCUUUCUUCAGUCUUGAGACAGCAAGAGAGUUUGGUGAGAAGUAAUGAUGGAAAGAAAAAGCUGAUGAUGUGGGAUGCAGGGAACAGGACAGCAGUCCAGGAGUUCAUCCUGGAGGGCUUCCCUGCUGUCCAGCACCUGGGGAAAAUACUGUUCCUGGUGCACCUGCUGGCAUACCUGGCCUCCAUCAUGGGAAACACCCUCAUCAUCAGCAUCAUCUGGGCUGACCAUCGCCUCCACACACCCAUGUACUUCUUCCUCAGCACUUUCUCCUUUGUGGAAUGCUGCUGCAUAACCACGGUGAUUCCUAAACUGCUGGCCAUCUUCCUGUCGGGGAGGCAAGUGAUUUCCUUUGCUGCCUGCUUCACGCAAGCUUUUGUCUUUCUUUCUCUGGGGUCAGCUGGUUUUUUCCUUAUGGCAGUGCUGUCUCUGGAUCGGUACCUGGCCAUUUGCAGACCUCUGCGUUACUCCAGCAUCAUGAGACCCAGGGUGUGUUCCCUGCUGGUCACUGCCUGCUUCACUUUGGGAUUCCUCUUCAUGGUGGUCCCAGUUGUCCAUCUUUCCCAGUUGUCCUUCUGUGGCCCCAAUGUCAUCCCCCACUUCUUCUGUGAUUUUGGGCCCUUGGCUAAGCUCUCCUGUUCUGAUACUAAAUCUAUUGAAAUGUUGUUCUUCAAUGUUGCUUUUCUGGUUCUCUUUAUAUCCCUCCUUGUCACUGUCAUUGCAUACAGCAACAUCGUAGUCACCAUCUUGAGGCUCCCAUCAGCCAAGGAGCGACAGAAAGCUUUCUCCACCUGCUCGUCUCACCUCAUCGUCCUCUCUCUCAUGUACAGCAGCUGUCUUUUCAUCUAUGUGAAGCCAAAGCAGACGAGCAGGGUGGACUUCAACAGACAGGCUGCUCUGGUGAACACGGUGCUGACCCCAGUGCUGAACCCUGUCAUCUACACCCUGCGCAACCAGCAGGUGCACCAGGCUCUCAGGGGUGCCCUGUGCAGGGGGAAGUAGAACCACAGCUCCUCAGUGGAGGGUGCAGCAUUUCCACAGUUGAAUCCAGAAUUUCCUCCAUGUACCCAAACUUCAGCACAUUUGUACAUAUUUUUUCAAUAUCUAUUUAUUUGCUUGAAAGUCAGAGUUACACAGAGAAGGAGAGAUGGAGAGAUGGAGAGAGAGAGAGAGAGAGAGAGAGAGAGAGAGAGGAAUUCCUCAAUCUGCUGGUUCACUCCCAAUUGGCUGCAGCUGCAUCAAUCCAAGCCAGGAGCUUCUUCCAUGUGUCCCACAUGGGUGCAGGGGCCCAAGGGCUUGGGCCAUCUUCCUCGGCUUUCCCAGCCUAUAGCAGACAGCUGGAUCGGAAGUGGAGCAGCCGGGACAUGAACUGGCACCCAUAUGGGAUGACGGCUCUUCAGGUGGCGGCUUUACCUGCUACACCACAACACCAGCCCCCUAAAUUGUAUAUUUAUUACCUUUUUCAUCUUUGAUUAUUUAUCUUAAAUUAGGGGCUGACCUGUUAAUCCUUUCUGAAAACUCUGAACAUCUUCUUUACAUUGAGAUCAAAAUAUUGUCCCUCAUCUUGUUUUCAUUUGUUGUAAAUCAUUAAUAUAAAUGAUUUUAAUGAACACCCUUGAAUACAUGAAUCUAUUUGAUGUAGGUGGAAUCUCAAAGCUGACAAGCUGUGGUUUUGUGUAUCUACUUGUGGUAAUUGUAAGGAGGUAGAGAAUAAAAUACCUGGGUAUUAAGAAUAGCAAGUUGGCUGGCGCCAUGGCUCAAUAGGCUAAUCCUCCGCCUUGUGGUGCCGGCACAUCGCGUUCUAGUUCCAGUCGGGGUGCCGGAUUCGGUCCCGGUUGCCCCUCUUCCAGGCCAGCUCUCUGCUGUGGCCCGGGAAGGCAGUGGAGGAUGACCCAAGUGCUUGGGCCCUGCACCCCAUGGGAGACCAGGAUAAGCACUUGGCUCCUGCCUUCGGAUCAGCGUGGUGCGCCGGCCUCAGAGCUCUGGCCGCGGCGGCCAUUGGAGGGUGAACCAAUGGUAACGGAAGACCUUUCUCUCUGUCUCUCUCUCUCACUGUCCACUCUGCCUGUAGAAAAAAAAAAAAAAGAGAAUAGGAAGUCAUUCAAGCAUAGGUGACCAGGGUCUUGAUAUUCAGUGGUGAAUAACAAUACACACACACAUUGACGUCUGACUGUCCUUCAAUCUGUAAACUCAUUGCAGAUUCUCAAUACAAUUAUUUUUAAUUUUCUGUAUAUAAAAUGAAUAUUAAUUAUAUAAUUAUAUAUUCAUGCAUAUAAUCUUUAUAAUUCUAAUUCUCCCUAGGAAGAAAUCACAUAAAUGAAUAUGGUUGAAAUAAAGACAUUGUUGGCUUCAUUGGUUUGCCAGGUUGGUUUUACAAGCAAAACACUGAAGUUGAAUUGCCUCAAGUAAAGAUGUAUUGCGAACUGUGGGGUACAGACUGGAUAAUUAAGAUUUUCCCUACCAUACAAAAUUGUUACGAUUGGAUGAAAUCUAAUCAGAGGUGGAAGAAGUCUGCCUGUGGCUGUGACGCUGUCCGAAUGCACAUAUGAGUAAGUGUGUCAGUUGUGUAGUAAGAGGGCAGGUGGUGGUCACCUUUAGGCAUCAUCUUAGUACCACUGUGAGUGACAGUACUGAUGCUUUGUGUGACUUGAUACUUUUACAAAAGUGUGAGUUGAGCAUGGCACAGGGAGGAUGGUGGGAUGUUUUACUGGUAGAAUAAAUGUGACAAUUGUAACUUUGUUACUCAAGGCUUUGAUCAGAACUGAUAAGAUUAGAAGCAAAACCCAGUAUCUGCAUUUGGUUUGUUAUAAGUUGGUUACUGACAAUGAUCAUGGUUUUCGUUGGUCACAUUACUGACAUAAUCACAAUCUGCAGGCUAGACUUGACUCAGCUAACAACACAGUUGUGUAAAAUUUUCCAUGUGAUUUUGUUAAGGCUAUUUUGUUCUUCCCACAUGUGGUGAAUUUAUUGAUUUGAUAAUAAUUUUUCUCAGAAUGACAAAUGAGUUGUACUGUCAUUGAUUUUUGAUCUCUAAAAUUUUACAGUAUUAUUGGUCUAAUAUAGCAGACUGUCUUUGAUAAUUCACUUUUAAAUAAGUGGGAUAAAUAUCAAUGUUUUCAUCUUGCUUUUUCCAACAAGAAGAAAGUACACAGUUUAAAAAUUACAUUAUCAGUGAUUAACACCAAUUCUCUCUCUCUCUCUUUCUUUAUUUCUUUCUUUCUUUCAAAAAGAUUUAUUUAUUUGAAAGUCAGAGUUAAACAGAGAGAAGAGAGGCAGAGAGAGAGAGUGAGAGAGAAAGGUCUUCCAUCUGAUGGUUCACUCCCCAGAUGGCCACAACAGCCGGAGCUGUGCCAAUUGAAAGCCAGGAGCCAGGAGCUUCUUCCCAGUCUCCCAGAUGGGUCAGGGGCCCAAGGACUUGGGCCAGCUUCUACUGCUUUCCCGGGCCACAGAAGAGAGCUGGACGGGACGUCGAGCAGCCGGGUUUGGCACCCAUAAGGGAUGCUGACGCUUGAGUCCAUGGCAUUAAUGCACUGCGCCAUAGCGCUGGCCCAUUUCAUUCUUUUUUUUUUUUAAAGAUUUAUUUAUUUAUUUGUAAGUCACAGUUACACACAGAGAGAAGGAGAUGCAGAGAUAGAGAGAGAGGGAGAGAGAGGAGAGAGAGGUCUUUCAUCUCCAGUUGGCCGCCAUGGCCAGAGAUGUGCUGAUCCUAAGUCAGGAGCCAGGAGCUUUUUCCAGGUUUCCCAUAUGGGUGCAGGGACCCAAGGACUUGGGUCAUCUCCUACUGCUUUCCCAGGCCAUAGCAGAGAGCUGGAUCAGAAGUGGACCAGCCAGGUCUCGAACUAGUGCCCAUAUGGAAUGCUGGCACUGCAGGCGGCGGCUUAACCUGCUAUGCCACAGUACUAGCCUGAACACAAAUUCUUUACAAUUAGAUACCCCAUAGACAGACUUUAAUUUGUUUAUCCAUAGAUUUUUUUUGGUGGACAUUUGAACUGUUUCCAUGUUUUUUCUAUUGUUUUUCUUUUCUUAAGAUUUUUCGUUUAUUUAUUUUUAAGUCACAGUUACACACAGAGAGGAGAAGAUGUAGAAAGAGAGAGAGAGAGAAAGAGAGGGAGGGAGAGGGAGAGGGAGAGAGAGACAGAGAGGUCUUCCAUCCCCAAUUGGCCACCAUGGCCAGAGAUGUGCUGAUCCUAAGUCAGGAGCCAGGAGCUUCUUCCAGGUUUUAUGUAUUUGGACAUGCAUUUGUUGUUAAAGUUUCUGUUUUCACUUCUUCUGGGCAUAAUCUGAGUGAGGAAUCAUCAGAGAGUGGCAAUAUGAGGAGCAACCUACUUGAAUAGAAAUAGGGCAUCUUUCCGGGGUGAUAAAAUGUUUGGAAUUAGAUACAAGCACUGACUGCAAAACUUCUUGACUGUACUACCUGUCACUGAAUUGUUCAAUUUAAAAGGAUUAAUUUUAUAUGAGAACUCAGUCAAUAAAAUCACACAUCCUGAAAGUUUUCUAUUUUCUUGAUUUCUUAUAUAAAUAUAAAACAAUAUUCCUUGACCUACCAGGCAGAGUAGAAGAAAUUAGUCCUCACUUUUCCCAACCCAUUUCUGCAAAUAUAGACAGGGAUGCAAAAACCAAAAUAUCCCUGGGAAGGCUUGAGAGUCCACUAAAGGGUCUGCAGCCACACACAGGCAAAAUCAUAGAAAAUAGCCAUUCACAAAAAUCUUCCAUGCUCAUGGAUUGGAAGAAUCAACAUCAUCAAAAUGUCCAUUCUCCCAAAAGCAAUUUAUAGAUUCAAUGCAAUCCCAAUCAGGAUACCAAAGACAUUCUUCUCAGAUCUAGAAAAAAUGAUGCUGAAAUUCAUAUGGAGGCACAAGAGACCUCAAAUAGCUAAAGCAAUCUUGUACAACAAAAACAAAGCCGGAGGCAUCACAAUACCAGACUUCAGGACAUACUACAGGGCAGUUGUAAUCAAAACAGCAUGGUACUGGUACAGAAACAGAUGGAUAGACCAAUGGAACAGAAUAGAAACACCAGAAAUCAAUCCAAACAUCUACAGCCAACUUAUAUUUGAUCAAGGAUCUAAAACCAAUUCCUGGAGCAAGGACAGUCUAUUCAAUAAAUGGUGCUGGGAAAACUGGAUUUCCACGUGCAGAAGCAUGAAGCAAGACCCCUACCUUACACCUUACACAAAAAUCCACUCAACGUGGAUUAAAGACCUAAAUCUACGUCCUGACACCAUUAAAUUAUUAGAGAACAUUGGAGAAACCCUUCAAGAUAUUGGCACAGGCAAAGAAUUUCUGGAAAAGACCCGGGAGGCACAGGCAGUCAAAGCCAAAAUCAACUAUUGGGAUUGCAUCAAAUUGAGAAGUUUCUGUACUGCAAAAGAAACAGUCAGGAGAGUGAAGAGACAACCGACAGAAUGGGAAAAAAUAUUUGCAAACUAUGCAACAGAUAAAGGGUUAAUAACCAGAAUCUACAAAGAGAUCAAAACACUCCACAAAAACAAAACCAACAACCCCCUUAAGAGAUGGGCCAAGGACCUCAAUAGACAUUUUUCAAAAGAGGAAAUCCAAAUGGCCAACAGGCACAUGAAAAAAUUUUCAAGGUUGCUAGCAAUCAGGGAAAUGCAAAUCAAAACCACAAUGAG